AUGGAGGAACCUCAACCGCCAAGAUAUUCCGUCCUAGAGGCCGCUGGGUGGCCGCAAGAAAGCUGGAGUCAAGAGGGGGCAAAGGUCAAAGAUGAUGGCCGGAUUGAAGUAGACCUCGAUUCGAAGCUCUGUAGGACAGUCAGCAGACUGAUUCCAGCCUUGCGUGAAGUACCGAGCACCCCAGAGCCACCGCCAACUGUGCCGGUAGGAGUUACCUGUGAGCUGCAGCUAAACAUCGUGAUACAAGUUGUCGGCAGUCGAGGUGACGUCCAACCAUUCAUCGCAUUGGGAAACGAACUUCAACUCCAUGGUCAUCGAGUGAGACUAGCAACUCAUGGAGUAUUUCAAAAAUUUGUUCUUGAUUCCGGAUUGGAAUUUUAUCCCAUUGGAGGUGAUCCGUCCGAGCUUAUGGCAUAUAUGGUAAAGAACCCGGGUUUGAUUCCGGGAAUGAAAACAUUGCGAAGUGGUGAGAUUCAACGCAAGCGCGCAAUGGUUGGCGAAAUGCUGAAUGGAUGUUGGGAUUCAUGCAUCCGGGACGAUCCGCUUAGCAAGGUGCCCUUUGUGGCAGAUGCUAUUAUCGCGAACCCGCCAAGCUUUGCUCAUAUUCACUGUGCGCAGGCUUUGUCAAUCCCCUUACAUCUGAUGUUUACUAUGCCUUGGAGUAGCACGAGGGCAUUUCCACAUCCAUUGGCAAACCUCAAAUACUCCAAUACCGAACCGAAGAUCGCCAAUUAUCUUUCAUACGGUAUCGUCGAAUGGAUGACGUGGCAGGGACUUGGCGAUGUUAUUAAUGAUUGGCGUGCAAAACUCGAUCUGGAGCCUAUACCGGCUACUGAAGGACCCUGCUUGACUGAGACGUUGAAUGUGCCGUUUACAUAUUGUUGGUCCCCAAGUCUUAUGCCGAAACCUUUAGAUUGGCCGUCUAAUAUUGAUGUCUGCGGCUUCUUUUUCCGCUCUCUUCCUGACUAUUCGCCUGCACCUGAGCUCGAUUCUUUCCUUCGCAACGGGAGCAGGCCGGUGUAUAUUGGGUUCGGAAGCAUUGUCAUUGAAGAUCCGGUGGCCAUGACGCAAAUGAUUCUUGGGGCUGUGAGGACCUUGGGUGUUCGUGCGAUAAUAUCCCGUGGUUGGAGUAAACUUGGAGGAGAAGACGCAGUAUCUGAUGAUCAGGUUUUCUAUCUUGGUGAUUGCCCCCACGAAUGGUUGUUUCAACACGUUUCCGCCGUCGUGCAUCACGGUGGUGCAGGAACCACAGCAUGUGGUCUUCGCUUUGGCAAAGCCACUACUAUCAUUCCGUUCUUUGGAGAUCAACUCUUUUGGGGCAACAUGGUCGCAUCAUGUGGACUUGGCCCAAAGCCUAUACCAUAUCAGUCUCUGACCACAGAAAGCCUAGCUGAGGCUAUACGGUUCUGUCUUCAGCCUGCAGCCCAAUCUGCAGCCGAGCAAGUCGCAAAUCGAAUGAGCCAUGAAUGUGGUGUUUCCACGGCAGUUGAAUCUUUCCAUCGGAAUUUACCAGUGGCGGAUAUGCAAUGUGAUGUUCUACAUUCCGAACCUGCUGUGUGGCGGUUCAAGAAGAAGUCGAAGUCUCCCAUCCGCUUAUCAAAGUUAGCUGCGGAAAUUUUGAUCCAACAUCACCGCUUCAAGUUAAGCGAUCUCCAACCCUAUGAAACUCUUUCGGUGUAUAUCCAGAAUCGCCGAUGGGAUCCUGUCACUGGUACUGCUUCCUCACUGCUAGGGACAAGUACCGACAUUCUCAAGGCCACAGGAGACAUCGUUUACCGUCCAUACGAAGAGUUUCGUCGGUCAGGAAAUUCCCAGCUUCCACCACCCGAACCCUCCUGCUCGCGAUCUUCCAGUGUUACUUCCGCCGCGGAAGUAACUUCUCUAGCGCCUUCGGGAAGAAGCUCUUCUAAGUUGAAAACUACGGGCGCAGCAAUGGAAGGCUCUGCGAAAAGCCUCGGAAAGGCUGUCGGCUUUUGGUAUAAAGGUGUUCUGAUCGAUAUGCCUUUGGCUGUUAGUGAAGGCCUGAGAGCCGUGCCCCGACUAUAUGGUGAGGAGGUCCGGGAUCAUGGGGACGUGCGUGACUGGAAAUCGGGUGCCACUUUUGCCGGAAAAAACUUUGUUCAUGGAAUGGCAGACGGCUUCAGUGGUGUCAUCACUCAGCCAUACAAAGGGGGACAGAAAGAGGGAGCGAAGGGCGUGGCGAAAGGAAUUGCAAAGGGGACGCUCGGAAUGACAACUAAGGUCUCAUCAGGUCAGUGCAUUCCACUCACGAUUCAUCCCGGGGCAACUGCUAAAGAGGGCACAGCGGCAUUGGGACUCGUGGCAUACCCUGCCCAUGGCGUGAUGAAAAGCUUGUAUACUGCAACGCAUUCCAAGACACGGAAACUUAUCAUACAGUCGCACAUCCAUGAGGGAAAGUAUCUUGCAGAACACUCAGUCAAAGGUCAACAAGAUCGACAGUCUGUGAUACGAAAUUUCGAGGCUGCAUACCGCAAACCUGUUGAUGCUGCCAGCUUAUCUUCUGGCUGA